AUACAUUAUUAAGUUUCAAUAUGACAUCAUAAAGAUACUUAUAGUCUACAUUUUACUUCCUUUUUGUCAUGAAUAUAUUUCAAUAACACGUUAUAUUAUUCACUCUUCAACAUGACGAACACGUUGAUGAUAUUGGUGGCAUUCUGCCUUUCUGUCUGUUCCAUCAGUGAAGGUUUACCAAAGAUUACAGUGGAACCAUCUGAUGUGGUGGAGGGCGAACCAGUGACACUUACAUGUACUGUUGAUUCACCUGAUAUUUAUUAUAUCACAUGGUAUAGAAACAGUACAUACAUCACCGAUUGUAUAGAUACUAGGUGUUAUGACUCCAUCUCUUAUUAUAACACCACAAUGAACCGUUUAAACAGAACAUCGAGUAUUUAUAUACAAAACGUAUCGAAAUCAAGAGAUCGUGGACCCUGGAAAUGUAAAGACCAAUCAUCCCCGUUUUAUGACGUAAUCAAGUUAGAUGUUAAAGAAAUAACUGGACACUUGACAUUAAUUCGUCCAGAAAACACAAGAUUUGUUGCUGGUCAGUCCAUAGAUAUAACGUGUAACACGGAAGUGACGUAUCCUGCAACCAAUAUCACGUGGUAUAUAGAGACUGCAGAUAAUAAGCUAUAUGAAGAUAUAACAACGGAUAUUGAGGAUGGAGUAUCAACAAGCAGACUAACACUAACACUGGACAAACAUCUGAAUAAUCACACUCUUUAUUGUUCAGCUUUUAAUGGUUAUGGCGAAGUUCAAACGGAUUUUCUCAAACUGGAUGUACCAUAUCCACCCACGAUCCAUAUUCUAACAAAAGCAACUUCCAUAGCCAUCGCUGAAAAAACUUCCAAAGUCAUUGCUGAAGGGGAACAAAUCUUAUUGAUAUGUUUCGUUCUAGACGCUAACCCUCGAGUACCACCACGUGGUUAUAGUUGGAGUAGAAAUGGUAUAAAGCUAAAAGAUCAAACAUCAGAUAUCUUUAAAGUGGAUUCAACAUCGUCGCACGACACUGGUGACUAUACAUGUACGGGUAACAAUGGUAUUGGAACAGGUGUAUCAUCACCCGUGAAAAUUUAUGCUGAUCCGCGUGUUAAGGAAGAUAAAUCUGGAGUUGUCACUGGACUCGCCGUGUGUUUGGCUUUGUUUAUGGUAUUGUCCAUUGCACUCUCCUUACUCGUCGCAUAUCUGAUGCUAACCAAUAGAAGGUCAACAAUCAAAACUAACGAAUCCGUGGCAAUAAGUAGAAUUACAUCUGUCGUCUCUCCCAAUAAUACAAUUAACGAAAGUUCAAAUUAUGAAGGAUUAGAGCUGGAUACCAGAUAUGACAAUCAGUAUACAAGUUUUAAUGUUGUCUCGGUUCCAGACUCGUCUCCUGAACGAGUACAAGAAUACGAUAACCAAGCUUCCGAUACUGUCGCUACCAACGGAGAUAACUCACUUUAUGAAAACGUGGAGAGGGCGCAAGCAUGAACGGAAUAAAAAUCAACAUUUGUCGUGAAAGAACAACCGCACAUAAAUAGCUGAACUGUCUAAACAAAAGCGGAAAAUUAUAUACAUGUGUUAGGGUGGGGUGGGUGUACUGUACAAUCGCAAAAAGAGAGUGGAAAAUCACGUAUAGUAGGUACACAGGCUCCGCCUUUAUAGAAAACAUUUUAAAUAGCAGCCUCUGUUGUGGAGUUGUAACAAUAGCCCAUGGAAUUUGACGCUCGCGUACUAUAUAUACGUCACUUAUCAGUGUACUGGAUUUUAUUAUUAGUAGAUUAUUUUAAUUUAUGCCGACAAACUUGAGAUGUACUUUUAUCGUAUCUAAAUUAUUAGAACUUAUAUAAAAACUGAUUCAGGACAAAUCAUGCAAUAAAUGAUAUAUUUGGUACGUA